AUGUCAUUGUCUAAUAAGUUGUCCGUUAAGGAUUUGGAUGUCGCUGGCAAGCGUGUCUUCAUCAGAGUUGAUUUUAAUGUCCCAUUGGAUGGUACCACCAUCACCAACAACCAACGUAUUGUGGCUGCUUUACCAACCAUUGAAUAUGUUUUAUCCAAGAGUCCAAAGGCCGUGAUUUUGGCCUCUCAUUUGGGUAGACCAAACGGUGAGGCUGUUUCCAAAUACUCUUUGGCUCCAGUUGCUACUGAAUUGGAAAAGUUGUUGAAACAAAAGGUUACUUUCCUUAAGGAUUGUGUUGGUCCUGAAGUUGAAGAAGCCGUUAACUCUGCUGCUCCAGGCUCUGUUAUUCUUUUAGAAAACUUGAGAUUCCACAUUGAAGAAGAGGGUUCUCAAAAGAAGGAUGGUGAAAAGAUUAAGGCUUCAAAGGAAGAUGUUGCUAAAUUCAGAAAGCAAUUGACUUCUCUUGCUGAUGUUUACGUUAACGAUGCCUUUGGUACUGCCCACAGAGCUCAUUCCUCAAUGGUUGGUUUCGAACUUCCACAAAAAGCAGCUGGUUUCCUUAUGGCUAAGGAAUUGGAAUACUUUGCUAAGGCUUUGGAAAACCCCGUUAGACCAUUCUUGGCUAUUCUUGGUGGUGCUAAGGUUUCUGACAAGAUUCAAUUGAUUGACAACCUUUUGGAUAAGGUUGAUAUCUUGAUUGUUGGUGGUGGUAUGGCCUUUACCUUCAAGAAGGUUCUUGACAAUGUUCCAAUUGGUGACUCUCUUUUCGAUGAAGCUGGUGCUAAAAAUGUUCAUAACUUGGUUGAAAAGGCCAAGAAGAACGGUGUUAAGUUGGUUCUCCCAGUUGAUUUCGUCACUGCUGAUAAGUUUGACAAGGAUGCUCAAACUGGCGUUGCUACUGAUAAGGAAGGUAUUCCAGACCACUGGAUGGGUUUGGAUGCUGGUCCAGAAUCCAGAAAGUUGUUCUCUGAAGCUGUUGCAGAAGCCAAGACCAUUGUCUGGAACGGUCCACCAGGUGUUUUCGAAUUUGAUAAGUUUGCUGCUGGUACCAAGUCAUUGUUGGACGAUGUUGUCAAGUCUGCUGAAGCUGGUAACACUGUUAUCAUUGGUGGUGGUGACACUGCUACUGUUGCUAAGAAGUUUGGUGCAGUUGAAAAGUUGUCUCAUGUUUCUACUGGUGGUGGUGCUUCUUUAGAAUUGUUGGAAGGUAAAGAAUUGCCAGGUGUAGUUGCCAUCUCCGACAAGAAAUAA